AUGCUCCUCAAAGAUAUUUUAGCUGUUGCAACCGGAAUUCGAUCGUCUACGCUUGUCGAUAUAGUCUUUUUGACUAGCGAGGAUGCACGCGAUCUCAAUUCUAAACUAGAGGAUGUAAAGAAUAUCUCUGCGCAUUGUUUAUGUGUUGUUCAGUUUGCUGAUUCACACACGUUCAUAUGUAAUUCCACUUUACUCGGACAAAGGCUUGACGCAAAGGAGAGUCUUGCGUUUGUUAACGUUAACAAGGCAAUGAAAAUUCCGCAGCUUGGCACGUUCCCACCAGACCUCUAUUCUUUUAUUUUCGACGAGCUCGACCCUUUUUUAUCCUCGACAAGGGAUUCGUCGUCAAUCUUGGCUAUCCCAUCAAUGCCAAAGUGCAUGGUAUCUAUAUCCGGAUGGUUGCUGGAAUACCCCGUCAUAUAUUUCCAGGAUGAUGUAGAGGAUGACCGAGGAAAUUGUUUGGGAAAUGUUGAUUUAAGAGUAUGUAGCGUAUACCUUGGAAAGCAAAACAGUGAAACCAGUUACAAGUUGCUUAGUUUCAGCUAUCCCAAGACGUUGAUCUCGGAAAUCAAGGAAGCUGCGCUUGUUAAUAGAAUGCAACUGGUCUAUAACUCGAGACUGAAAGGACAGCAUAUCUGGAAUGAGUCAUGCAUUAUACGUAUCACUGAUAGAACAUUAUCGAUUGUAGCAUUGUGA